UGCACAACCGUCAGCAGAUCAAAACUGCGGUUGAAACCGCCAACUGUAUCGCGAAGAAGGAACCGGUAGUCGUUCGUUCUCUUAUUAUUUUCCUCGAAUUAUUCGCUCCGAGCUGGUCUUUAAACUAAAGAAACGGGUACCAGAGGAGAGCAACACGAUGACCAAGCUCGCGGCCGUCUUUGUGGUUGCCUCUUUGCUCAAUUUGGCUUCAGCAGGACAUCAUGGUGGACACGAUCACGUGGUGAUCCACGUGCCCUACAAGAUCAAGACCAUCCAUCACACGCACACAAUCACCAAGCACAUCCAUCACGGUGGCGGAGGUGGUGACAAAUACGAGGUGCUAGGGUACACGGUCGGUCAC